CUCCUAUUCGUGAUAUCACAAUGUCAGGCUACUUGUGUUUUUAAGACUUCACUAAGCAUUUUUAGGUGGCUCUUGUAUCUACCCACAAUGCAGCUGCAAGCGUCCUCCCGUCUGUGUGAGCCUGCGGGCUUGGUGCGCUGUGGUCGCCGUGCCUUCGCGCCAAUCCACUGCAAUGCUGUGUCACCACGCGCGUCAAAUAACGCUAAUACAUCCAGCACACCUAGCCGAUUGCCUUUGUCCCGGCCUGCUCGACUUGUGAAUGGUCCGCACGUGCCGCUUCAGCGCCAAGCGCCGAUCUGCCAAUCGGUUGCAACCGGAAAACUUAUUUCCAGCACUGAAGUACCGUCGUUUAUUCCGCGCGAUGACAUGAUGGACCAGCUAUAUCGCUGGAGCACGAUGGAGGCCGGUGAGAGCGGCCAGCGGAACUUUGGUAUGCCCAUGACGGUGGAGCCAGUGUACUAUGAGGAGAAGCUGUGGGGCUAUACUGUAUCCAUCUUCAAAGAGGGCGUCAAGCUAACGGACAUUGGUGUCAUGUUCGAUAAGAAUGCGGUUACCAAGUACGAGUGGGUGGGCCGCGGCGAGGACGGCUUCCCCGUAAUGGAGGGCAAGACGGAUGAGGUCAAGGGGAAGAACUUCGAGAUCUGGAAGCUGGACAGUGAGCCGGUUUCGGAGGAUCUGCGCUCCGUGAUCCGAGCCUACUGUACGGCACUUGUGGCGGCCCUGAACCGCUACUACGCCUUCGGCUCGGUCUUUGUGGACGAUGCGCAGUAAGGGGUUUCGGAGCAACCCAAUUGGAUCUCAUGGCUCGCUGGACUGCAGCCGCUGUCCGGUUGCGGCUCCGUAGUGGUUGCUGCCUGGGCGGCCGCCGCGGACAGCGGACAUACUGAUGAUAGCGGUGGGGCACGACAGCGAUGGUGGUGCUGGCUGGGUUGCUAGGUGGCAGGUGGCAGCGGUCCCGUGCGAGUUGGGGCUCUCAUGGGGCGGUGGUGCUUGGGGGGCCCUUGAAGCUGGCUUGGGUAACACCGUUUGUAGCUUUAACGCGGCUCGAGAAGGGCUAUAGUUGUUGUAGCAGGGCUACAAAUGAUAAGGUUACAGUUGUUGUUUGAGGGCGAGCAGGAAUGUGAGGAAUGGAGCGGGGGGUGAAAUUGGCUGAGGCCGCGCUGGUCGCCGUUUAGUGCUCGUUUUUGCUCGUGAGCUUAUACACCUUUCCGGAUUUUGGCUUGGUCGUAAGCCAUUUUGCUGAAUAGGCACAGUAUAUAUGCGACAUUAUCGUCCAUAGCUAUGUGAAAUUGUCGUGCAAUUUUUGCUUUCGUAUAUUGACCGACCCACUGACCCGCGGGUCAACUGGCUGGUAUUGCCAGCACACAGAAGCUUGUAAAUAUCACAAGGCA